AUGGGCCCCGGCCCCAGCCGCGCCGCCGGCGUCCUACGCCCGUUGCUCGGCACGCUCGCCUUGAUGGUGGCCGCAAGCAACCGCGCCGCCUCCGCCUUCAACCUGGACACCCGAUUCCUGGUGGUGAAGGAGGCAGGGAACCCGGGCAGCCUCUUCGGUUACUCGGUCGCCCUCCAUCGGCAGACAGAGCGACAACAGCGCUACCUGCUCCUGGCUGGUGCCCCCCGGGACUUUGCGCCUGAUGGCUCUACCAACCGGACUGGUGCUGUGUAUCUGUGCCCACUCACUGCCCACAAGAAUGACUGUGAGCGGAUGGACAUCAAGGAGAAAAGUAACCCUAACCACAUCAUUGAGGACAUGUGGCUCGGCGUGACUGUGGCCAGCCAGGGCCCUGCAGGCAGAGUCCUGGCCUGUGCCCACCGCUACACCCAAGUGCUGUGGUCGGGGUUAGAGGACCAGCGGCGCAUGGUGGGCAAGUGCUAUGUGAGAGGCAACGACCUGGAGCUGAAUACCACGGAUGACUGGCAGACCUACCACAACGAGAUGUGCAACAGCAACACCGACUACCUGGAGACAGGCAUGUGCCAGCUGGGCACCAGCGGCGGCUUCACCCAAAACACCGUGUACUUUGGUGCUCCUGGUGCCUACAACUGGAAAGGAAACAGCUACAUGAUUCAGCGGAAGGACUGGGAUUUGUCUGAAUAUAGCUACAAGGACCCAGAGGACCUAGGAAACUUCUAUAUUGGCUACACGAUGCAGGUGGGCAGUGCCAUCCUGCACCCCACAAACAUCACCAUUGUGACAGGCGCCCCGCGGCACCAACAUGUGGGCGCUGUCUUUUUGCUGAGCCAGGAAGCAGGUGGAGACUUGCAGAGGAGGCAGGUGCUGGAGGGCACGCAGGUGGGAGCCUAUUUUGGCAGUGCCAUUGCCCUGGCAGACCUGAACAAUGAUGGGUGGCAGGACCUCCUGGUGGGUGCCCCCUAUUACUUUGAGCGGAAAGAGGAAGUAGGGGGUGCAGUUUAUAUCUUCAUGAACCAGGCAGGCACCUCCUUCCCCAACCACCCCUCCCUCCUUCUUCACGGCCCCAGUCGCUCCGCCUUUGGCUUCUCUGUGGCAAGCAUUGGUGACAUCAACCAAGACGGAUUCCAGGACAUUGCUGUGGGAGCCCCAUUCGAGGGCUUGGGCAAAGUGUACAUCUACCAUGGCAGCUCCAGGGGGCUCCUCAGACUGCCCCAGCAGGUAAUCCAUGGAGAGCAGCUGGGACUGCCUGGCUUGACCACCUUUGGCUACUCCCUGAGUGGGCAGAUGGACGUGGAUGAGAACUUCUACCCAGAUCUGCUGGUGGGGAGCCUGUCAGACCGUAUUGUGCUGCUGAGGGCCCGGCCUGUCAUCAAUAUCCUCUACAAGACCUUGGUAGCCAGGCCAUCCAUACUGGACCCUGCGUUCUGCACGGCCACCUCCUGUGUACAGGUGGAGCUGUGCUUUGCUUACAACCAGAGUGCAGGGAACCCCAACUACAGGCGGAACAUCACCCUGGCCUACACGCUGGAGGCUGACCGGGACCGCCGCCCACCCCGACUCCACUUUGCACGCAGCCAUUCAGCUGUCUUCCAUGGCUUUUUCUCCAUGCCUGAGAUGCACUGCCAGAUGCUGGAGCUGCUCCUGAUGGACAACGUCCGCGACAAACUCCGACCCAUCACCAUCUCCAUGAACUACUCUUUACCUUUGCGGUUGCCUGAUCGCCCCCAACUGGGGCUUGGGUCCCUGGACGCCUACCCGGUCCUCAACCAAGCGCAGGCUCUGGAGAACCACACGGAGGUACAGUUCCAGAAGGAAUGCGGGCAGGACAAUAGGUGCGACAGCAAUUUACAGAUGCGGGCGGCCUUCGUGUCUGAGUUGGGGCAGCGGCUAAGCAGGCUCCAGUACAGGAGAGACCUCCGAAAACUGCUCCUGAGCAUCAACGUGACCAACACCCCAAGCCGGAAGCGGGCUGGGGAAGAUGCCCAUGAGGCGCUCCUCACCCUGGAAGUGUCUCCGUCCCUGCUGCUGUCCUCAGUGCGCCCCCCUGGAGCCUGCCAAGCCAAUGAAACCAUCGUUUGUGAGCUGGGGAACCCCUUCAAACAGAACCAGAGGAUGGAUCUACUCAUUGCCUUCGAGGUCAUCGGAGUGACCCUACACACAGGGGAACUCCAGGCACAGCUGCAGCUCUCCACGUCAAGUCACCAGGAUGACCUACGGCCCAUGACCCUGCCUCUGCUGGUGGACUACACACUCCAGGCCUCACUCAGCAUGGUGAAUCACCGGCUACAAAGCUUCUUUGGGGGGACAGUGAUGGGUGAGUCUGGCAUGAAAACUGUGGAGGAUGUGGGAAGCCCUCUCAAGUACGAGUUCCAGGUGGGCCCAAUGGGUGAAGGGCUGGCAGCCCUGGGGACCCUGGUCCUGGGGCUGGAGUGGCCCUAUGAAGUCAGCAAUGGAAAGUGGCUGCUGUACCCCACGGAGAUCACUGUCCGUGGCAAUGGAUCCUGGCACUGCUGGCCACCUGGAGACCUUAUCGACCCUCUCAACCUCACUCUCUCUGUUCCUGGGGACAAGCCGCCAUCUCCACAGCGCAGGCGGCGACAACUGGACCCAGGAGGAGGCCAAGGCCCCCCACCUGUCACUCUGACUGCUGCCAAAAAGGCCAAGUCUGAGAUCCAAUUGAGCUGUGGCAGUGACCACACCCACUGUGUGUGGCUGGAGUGCCCCAUUCCUGAUGCCCCUGUCAUCACCAACGUGACCAUCCAGGCACGAGUGUGGAACAGCACCUUCAUCGAGGAUUAUAGAGACUUUGACCGAGUCAGGGUAGCCAGCUGGGCCACCCUGUUCCUCCGAAGCAGCGUCCCCACCAUCAACAUGGAGAAUAAGACAGUGCGGUUUUCCGUGGACAUUGACUCUGACCUGGUGGAGGAGCUACCGGCUGAGAUCGAGCUGUGGCUGGUGCUUGUGGCUGUGAGUGCCGGGCUGCUGCUGCUGGGGCUGAUCAUCCUCUUGCUGUGGAAGUGUGACUUCUUUAAGCGGACCCGCUAUUACCGGAUCAUGCCCAAGUAUCACGCAGUGAGGAUCCGGGAGGAGGAGCGCUACCCACCUCCAGGGAGCACCCUGCCCACCAAGAAGCACUGGGUGACCAGCUGGCAGACUCGGGGCCAAUACUACUGA